UUUUUGAAGCAGCAUCAGCAUCAGCAUCUACCUGGUCAUCACCAUCACCCAACACUUUCUUCUUAUUCUUGGACUUGUUCUGUUUCUUUCGCACUACAAAUACUUACACACACAUUCUCUCUAUAUAAUCUAUCUAUCUAUGCACCUUCUUCUUCUUCUUCUUGUGUUAGCCGAGAAAAAGAAAAAGAGUGUUUUGUGUUGUGUUGUGUUGUUGUUGUACCUUAACGUGCGCACCCCCGGUGCAGGAAAUGGAGGCUCACGCGAGCUCCUUCGUGUCCAAAGCGCGAACUGCGUUCCAUUCCGCAGCCGCGAAAGCGGAGCGUGUUCUCAUGGACUUCAAAAUCGAUCUAGAUUCUGAUAAGCAAUUUCACGACGAGUUUGGGAGGCAGCGGGGCGAUGAAUCUGCUCGGAGUGAGAAGUUUCUUGAUGAACUGAAGCAUAUAAAGUGGAGACCUCCACAUAUAGGAACAAAGCAGGACUGGCAAGAUAGAAUAAACAACAUGCGAAAAGGGAGAAAGGAAGUCGAAGUAACAGAUAAAGUUGGCGAUGUAAGCAUGGCCUCUGCUCCAUUUUAUGAUGAAAAUAUGUACAUCCUCAAUGUGAAAAAUGAUCUUGAUGCCAAGGCUUCAGAAGCAAUUCCCUCGGUUGAAGGCUUAACUGCUGCGACCAAAUACCCCAUUCCUCCAUCAUCUGUCCUGAAGCAGUUGGCUAUAGCUAUUGAGUCUGGAAGGCAAACAAACUCGAUGAAAGAUUUUGUAGCUUCAUCAAGAGGUUCGUCACCUGCCAGAGAGAAGGCAGGCUUAAGUCUCUCUUCAGUGAAGGCUUUAGUGUUGCGUGAAAAGGAGGACAAACUCACCUCUGAGUUUAGUAGUGAUGAGAAAGUUGUGUAUUUGAUUAAUUCAUUGUUUGAUCAAGAGGGAGAGUUCCUUAAAAGGAACUCUGAUCCAGAGGAAACUUUCAUAUCAUCUUUGCCAAGAGAUAUUCAUGGUGCACCUCUUGAAAGCCUAGUUGUUAAGCUAGCUGAAGUAAUCGGAAACUUCAAGACGCUUCGAGAAAUGUCUCUUUUUUGGUCCAGGGUUGUUGAUGAACUGAGAAAACAUUGGUCCGAAGAAAAACAUUUGCCUGGAAUCCCCCCAGAUGACAUUCCAGAUCUGAAGUCAUGUCUUCUGUAUCAACAAUUUCAAGUAAUUAAUUGUUGCAUCUCUCGGAAAAAGCGCCAUAUUAUUGCCACUGAAUCUCUGGACACUAUGGUGAUGGAAGCCAAUUCAAAUGCAUUAGAGUCAGCAAACUACACGGGCAAAAUUCCUACAGGCCCUUUAUUAUAUGCAAGAUUAAGAACUGGAGAGCUUGUUCUCCGACUUGGUGCUGAUUGCCCAUCUGGAGAUUUGACAUUACUGGAGACUGGCGAGCCGGCAUACUCUCCUGUCACCCAGGAGGGACCCUUGCUUACAGAAGAUCUGAUCAAAGAGACAGAGGAGUUUGUGCUGCGGACAGGGAGUGUUGGUGCUGGAUGCUCUCAACUCCUCUCUGAUAUGCAGGCUUUCAAGGCUGCAAAUCCUGGUUGCAUUUUGGAAGAUUUUGUGAGAUGGUACUCUCCUCCUGAUUGGAGUGAAAGUGAGGGAAGUACUGAGGAUAGAGAUUCUUCUUAUGGUGGGGAGUCAAUGUCUACCAGAGGUCAACUAAGUUUGCGAAUGCAAAAAGAAGGUAAUUUGUGGCGUGAAUUGUGGGAAACAUCUAAACCAGUUCCAGCUGUUAAACAGGCACCUCUCUAUGAUGAGGAUUUGGCAGUGGAGGACAUUCUAGAUGCAUUUGAGGACAUCCAGCCUUCAGAGCUUUUUGGACAGCUGUUUGUUUCUCUUCUCAGUUUUGGAUUUGCAAUUGCUGAAACUAUGCUGUAUGGCGACCUUGAUCUCUCAAAGUUGUUCAAUGAUUGCAAGGAGUACAUAGUUACCACGUGUCAGAGUGACAGAUUCAAUGAGAAAAUCGAUGAACUUGUUCAGAUGUAUGAAACAGUGGAGAAAAUGUUGCUGAAUCCAGAUGAGGCAUUGAAGAUGAAGCACAUGGAAGAAUCAACUAUGACUACUGAUGAAUCAAAGCGCCGGUUUUCUACUGGUGAGCCAAAGCACCGGUUUAAGAGACUUAGCCAUAUCUUUGGUGGCAAGGAUAAACUGUUGACAAGGCCGGUCUGUAAAAACGAGGUAAACGAUGAAGAAACGCAGAUUCGACAUUCUUUCUCGAGUUUCUUUGACAGCAAGUCAUCUUUAUUUUCAAAGAAGCCACCUAAGCCUGGAAACCUAUACCCUGCUGAGCAACCUCUCUCUCUGGAAAGUGACAGGACAGUUAUUUAGACAAGUUCAGUUUCACCCCAUUUAGGAUAAGCAACAUACUUUUUUUUUUCUCCCCCUUUUCUGCAUCCAGAUAACUGUAAAUUGAUUCCUUUAUUCUUUUUUCAAGUCUUAAUUUGUGAAUAGAAAAUUUUAAUGUAUUAUGAAAUACCCCAAUUAUUCCUACAAUCCAUUUUCUUGUUUAGCUUUGCUUGUUGGGGAGGGCUUGUACAAGGAUGAUCAAUCAAAAUAAUAAUAUAUAGUGUUCUUCAUUGCUGCUUUUGCA